CCCCUUUCCGCCCAGUUGUGUGUGAUACUGGACGAUGCGACCUAUCCGUGCGCGCCCUCACAUAUACAAGCUACUUAGGUGAUCGUAUUUCACUACAUUUUCUUCUGGCAUACCCGAAAGGCAGCGAAAAGAAGGUUAUUGAGACCGGUGUCACGUACACCACAUACAUAGCGGAGAGAAGCGAGAACGUUUCGCUUUUACGUUACUUUGUCCUCGAUGAUGGCAGCUCAGGAUUUCAAUUUUUUACUUGCGACGGACUCUUAUAAGAUUACCCACUACAAGCAAUACCCACCCAAUGUUAGUAAGGUGUACUCCUAUUUCGAGUGCCGGCGCAAAAAGGGGGCGCAGUUUAACGAGGUGGUGUUUUUUGGCCUCCAGUAUCUCCUGAAGAAAUACCUAGCAGGUCCAGUUGUCACGGAGGAAAAGAUUCAGCAGGCGAAAGUCUUUUAUCAGAUGCACUUUAAACAGGCAGUGUUCGAUGAAGAGGGAUGGAGGAAAGUUUUAGAGAAAUAUGAUGGCCGUCUUCCAAUCCGAAUCAAAGCAGUUCCUGAGGGGAAGAUCAUUCCCAGAGGGAACGUUCUUUUCACUGUGGAGAACACAGAUCCAGAUUUCUUCUGGCUCACCAAUUAUAUUGAGACGAUGCUGGUCCAAAUGUGGUACCCCAUCACCGUGGCAACAAUCUCCAGGGAGUUCAAAAAGAUUCUGGCCAAGCACCUGAAGGCCACAACAGGGAGCCUGGAGGGACUGGACAUCAAACUGCACGAUUUUGGCUACAGAGGGGUGUCCUCACAAGAGUCGGCAGCACUUGGUGGAGCUGCUCAUCUGGUGAAUUUCUGCAGCACAGAUACAGUGGCAGGUCUGCUGAUGGCUCAGCAAUACUACGGAUGUCCUAUGGCUGGAUUCUCCAUCCCUGCUGCAGAACACAGCACUAUCAUCUCCUGGGGCAAGAGCCGAGAGAAAGACGCAUUUGAGUGUCUGCUGGACCAGUUUCCGUCUGGGCCUGUAGCUGUGGUUAGCGACAGUUAUGACAUUUUUAAGGCUUGUAAGCACAUCUGGGGGGACAAGCUGAAGGAGAGAGUGAUGGAGAGGAGUGAGGAUUCUGCUCUUAUAAUUCGUCCAGACUCUGGGGACCCCGCUCAGACGCUCUUAGAGGUGUUAAAGAUUUUGGAGGAGUGUUUUGGAUCUUCUCUGAACUCAAUUGGUUACAAGGUGCUUCCAUCAUACCUGCGCAUUAUCCAGGGGGAUGGAAUUGAUCUGAACUCGAUUAAUGAGGUAAACUAACCUCAGACCAAGAGAGAGAAAACACACA